UUCAAAUUUAUCAUCAUGGAUUAUGAAAUGUUUAUUGCUAAUUGUUUUGAUAUUUUAAAAACUAUUCAAGAGUCUUGUAAAACUUUUGAAUCUUUGUUAAACGAUUUUUGUAAAUUAGUUGAUGUAGAAAGCAAAUUGGAAAAACCAUGUGCUGCAGCGACAGAUUUGAUAAUUGAAGUUGAAGACCCUAAACAUGAGGUGUUUGAAGAAGAUAAGGACUAUAUUAACGAAUUAGAAACAUAUUUAAAACAUUUAAAUUUAUGCGAACCCUAUUAUGAGUACAUGGCGAAAAAAGAAAAAUCUGGGAAAAUGCUUAAAGUAACGCACAUUUGUACAAUUAAGGUAAAUGAAAAAAGUGUGGGUAGUUCUUUCCCAGUUGAUUGUAAUACGCUCAAUUAUGCACAAAAAGUCGCUGCAAAACACGCUUUAACUAUUUUAAAAAAGCAAUAUGGGGAAAGUGUUAUUUACCCAAUUACCAAUGAUAUUAAUACAAUGGCAUCUUGCGUUAAAUCGCUUUUAAAACGAGGUUAUGAAACUACUGGCGUUAUGGGUGAUCUCUUAGAACGUAUGUAUAGAGAGGAAUUUCAUGAAAACUUGCCUGAUAAUUGGGAUCAGCUUCUAGGAGUUUUUAGUUACUUCACAUUUGAUAAGAUAGCAGCUGCUAAUAAACUUGUUAUAUAUCUUAAUGAAACUGAGAAUAAUCAACAAAAUGGUCAUGAAUAUAAAAAUAAAGAUUUUGCAGAAGAACAAAACUUUGUUCCAGGUACUCCAUUAUUAUUUGAAGACUACACGGAAAAAUCUGUUCUCGUUUCUGCCAACUAUGGUUCAGCUAAUGUUUGGGUCCGUUUGGUUGGACAGAGUGCAGAUGAAAACUUUAUACAAAUGCAAGCAAAAUUCAAUGACACAAUGAACACAGCCGGGUUGAGUAUCCCUGAUCAAGUUAUUGAAGGUGAAUUUUAUGCUGUACUAUACAAUUCGUCUUGGCAUAGAGUACAAAUAUCUUCUGCUAAUAAUGAGGAUGGUACAGCUACAUGUUUUAUGAUAGACACUGGCGAGCAAUUGAACAUUGCCAAAGACCAGAUUUGUUACCUUGAACCAAUUUUUAUGAAACCUAAAACUCAGGCUAUUGAAUGUAUUUUAACUCAACUGGAUAAUUUUGGCACAUUUGAUGGCUUAAAAGAAUUAUUGGAUGAGAUGAUAUUGAAUAAAACAUUCUUCGUUGUACCAGAUUCAUUAGAAGAAGGAUGUGCAAGAGUCACUUUAUAUGAAAAAGGAAGAGUUAAUGUAAAUGACAUGAUCAUUCAAAGAUUUUUAGAAAAAACUUGUACAAAACUUCCAUUAUUUGAGGAUCAAGCAAUUGUGGAUGGAAAUGUAUCAUCAAUUGUCGAGUCUGGCCAUUUAUAUUUACAAUUAAACAUUGACAUUGUUACAUCACUUGAAGAAAUCUUGCCAAGCGAUGAAUUUUUAGACCCAGGAUUUUUUUUGAAGAGCAAAGAAGAUAUUAUAAAAGACAAAGUGUACAUAACUAAGUAUGAAGCUGAUAAUAUAUGGAGCCGUGUUCAAGUUCUUGAUAUAGUCAAUGACUCUGAAGCCAAGAUAAUUUAUAUAGACUAUGGCAAUAUUGCUCAGUGUGAAAUUACUAAAUUAGCUAGUUUAGAAUUGUAUGAUCCGUUGUUGGCCAAGAUUGCCCCUCAGGCUAUUAAAGUAUCAAUGAAUUUUUUACCUCCAAAUACUAUGACUCCAGAUAUUGCCAACAAGAUAUUUACGAUAAUUGGGAAUGAUACAGUUUUAGUGAAUACAGUUAAUGCACCUAAUGACGAUGUGCCAUGUGUUCAACUUUACAAAACCGAACCAGAUUCACCCAAUACACCAUACUGCAUUAACAUACCGUUAUAUCAAAGCUUAAAGAAACAAUGAAUUUCCACCUUCAUAAAGGAUAUUUGAUUAAUUGUUAUUAUUUAAACCUAAAUGUGUAGUUUGAUCUGAUGUUGUUACAUUAAUUUUAUACAAGUGUUAUUUUGAGAAAAUACUCAUAAUUUUUUAUUAUUUUUUAUUAUUUAAAGUGUAAUCAUAAUCAUACUUGUUAAGCAACAGUUGAGAAUUUACAACAAAAUGUAAUAUUUGUUUCAUUUGUAUGUACACUUACCAAUUAUUUAUAUCAAUUGCAUGUACUGGCUUCCAAUUAUGCAACUGUCUAACAAGAUAAAAAUAAUUUGUAUUAAGUUAAAAACAAUAUUAUAACUACUUUGAAUUUAAUUUUUUAUGAUUUUGUUUUUAAUAUUUUUUAGCAAUAAGACACAUUUAUAAUUAAAA